AGCUUUCGUGCCCUGGCGACCGUCAAAUUGGCCCGCCCCCUAUGACGCGCUUUUCGUUGCUAGGGGGAGGUGACUAAGUCUGAGCCUGUGGCGCUAGUGGCCUGGCUCGUGUCCCAUGAGCUGCGAGGAACGCGCACCGGGGGCGCGCAGACGCGGCACUUAUGUUCCGGUGAAAUUUAAACGGUUCCAUCCGAUGUUAGCGGCGGGAGCAGCAGGAGGCGGUGGUGGUUGCUCCAGGGUAGCAGCCUAAGAUGUCAAAUGUCUAGAAUAAAUGGCGUCCAAAGUAACAGAUGCAAUAGUUUGGUACCAGAAAAAGAUUGGAGCAUACGACCAGCAAAUAUGGGAAAAAUCUGUGGAACAAAGAGAAAUAAAGUUCAUAAAAUUGGGUUUUAGGAACAAACCAAAGAAAACCGGGCAUGUAAAACCAGACCUAAUUGAUGUGGAUCUUGUCAGAGGGUCUGCAUUUGCAAAAGCAAAACCUGAAAGUCCAUGGACAUCUCUUACAAGGAAAGGAAUUGUUCGUGUUGUAUUUUUUCCUUUUUUCUUUAGAUGGUGGCUUCAAGUUACUUCAAAGGUCCUCUUCCUUUGGCUGCUUCUACUAUAUCUUCUUCAAGUUGCCUCAGUAGUACUUUAUACUAUUUCACCCGGGCCUCACUGUGUACCCUUAACCGAAAUUAUUGGACCAAUAUGGCUGAUGCUUCUUCUUGGAACAGUGCAUUGCCAGAUUGUAUCAACAAGGACUGUUAAAUCGCCUCCAGUUAUAGGUGGAAAAAGGAGAAGGAAAUUAAGAAAAGCGGCACAUUUGGAAGUACAUAGGGAAGGCGAUGGCUCUAGUACAACAGAUAAUACACAGGAGGGAACUUUGCAGAACUACGGUACAAGCUCCUCUUACAGUAUUGGCGCCGUCUUCAGAGAUAUCUGGCAUGCUGCUUUCUAUUUAUCAGGUUCAAAGAAGUCAAACAAUUCCAUCGACAAAUCUACAGAAACUGACAAUGGUUACGUAUCAUUAGAAGGGAGGUUGACAGGUAAAAGCAGUGAAGAUGGGGUACAAAUUCAUGAGCCUCAUAGUGAAACAAUCCACUCUGAAGAAGCCACAUGGAUAUCAGGAGCUAACACGAGGAGUCAUCACACUCAUGCCAAGCCAGUAUACAACAAAACCAAAAUGGAAAUACAGAAAUCGGGGACGAGCUGUAGUUCUCGCUGUUCGAGUUCUCGUCAAGAUUCAGAAAGCACCAGACCAGAGUCGGAAACUGAAGAUGUUCUGUGGGAAGAUUUGCUACACUGUGCAGAAUGUCGUUCUUCCUGCACCAGUGAGACUGAUGCCGAUGCUAAUCAUGGCAACAUAUGCAUGAAGAGAGAAUACAGAGAUGAUCCUUUUCACCAGAGUCAUGUGCCUUGGCUGCAUAGUCCUAAUCCUGGACUUGAGAAAGUCAGUGCAAUUGUGUGGGAAGGAAAUGACUGCAAGAAAGCAGAUAUGUCUGUUUUGGAGAUCAGUGGAAUGAUAAUGAACCGAGUGAACCACUACACCCCAGGAAUUGGAUAUCAGAUAUUUGGAAACUUUAUCUCUAUAAUUCUGGGUUUGACUCCAUUUGCCUUUAGACUGUCUGAAUCCAGGGACUUGGAGCAGCUGGCGGCACUCUCUGCUUCUGAAAUGUACAGCAUUGCAUUUGGCUCCAGCAAUGAUAUCAUGGUCAUUACCAUGGUGGUUAUUAGUUUUAUUGUUAGGGUUUCCCUGGUCUGGAUUUUCUUUUUCUUGUUAUGUGUAGCAGAGAGGACAUACAAGCAGAGAUUACUGUUUGCAAAACUAUUUGGCCAUUUGACUUCUGCCCGGAGAGCACGCAAGUCUGAAGUACCACAUUUCCGUCUAAAGAAAGUUCAGAAUAUUAAGAUGUGGCUUUCUCUUCGGUCAUACUUGAAGCGCCGAGGCCCUCAGCGUUCUGUUGAUGUAAUUGUUUCAUCAGCUUUCCUACUGACUAUAUCGGCAGUAUUCAUCUGCUGCGCACAGCUUCUACAUAUUCAUGAAACGUUUCUGGAUUGUCACUACAACUGGGAACUAGUCAUCUGGUGCAUUUCCUUGACACUCUUUUUAUUUAGAUUUGUUACACUUGGAUCAGAAACCAGCAAAAAAUAUAGCAAUACCUCAAUAUUGUUGACAGAACAGAUCAAUUUGUACUUGAAAAUGGAGAAGAAGCCGAACAAGAAGGAAGAGCUGACACUUGUCAACAAUGUAUUAAAAUUAGCUACUAAGUUGCUGAAGGAGCUGGAUAAUCCCUUUAGGUUAUAUGGUCUGACAAUGAAUCCUCUGCUUUACAACAUCACCCAGGUGGUCAUCUUGUCUGCAGUGUCUGGUGUCAUUAGUGAUCUGCUGGGAUUUAAUCUCAAGUUAUGGAAGAUCAAAUCGUGACACCCUUCCUAACCGUUAUCUGGAGCAAGAAUAUGGACUUUUUCAGAGAAUAUAAGCUGACUCACAGCAGUUACUGUGCUUGUGUUCAGAAGCUAAAGCCUUUGGCAAGACAUGAUUUUCAAAACUGAAGUGUUUACGUCUGACUGAUUGCAGUCUGUGCAAUUCUUUUAUUUAUUUACCUUGUCAGUGUUUUGUUUUUAUUUUGUUUUGU